AUGAAGGUGGUUCUGUCUCUUCUGUUGGUUGCCAUCACCUACGUGGAGUUUGGGCAAACCUUGGAAUGUUACACGUGCCCUGAACCUGUCAGUGUCGAUCAGUGUACGACAAUCCAGACUUGCAAGAGUAAUGAAACCAUGUGCAAGACAACUAUGUAUUCCCUGGAGGAUGUUUAUCCCUUCACGGGAGUCCUGACUGUCACCAAGAUGUGCUCUUCCGUCUGCAUCCCGUCCGAUGUGGAUGGGAUUGGCUUGACGCGCCCCGUCUCCUGCUGUUAUACUGACUUGUGCAAUGUGGAUGGUGCAGCUAGUCUGAGGAGCAGCUUUGUGCCAGCUGUGGUGCUAGCAAGCUGUCUCUGCAUCCUCUUCUGGACUAGACUGUGA